CAGGAAGUCGUUGUGAAAGGCGGCCGGGAAGCGCGCCACCGACUUCGACGGGCGCUCUAACCAGCGCCUCGCGCCCGCCGGCGGCCACUGCGGCCACAGCCCUGGUCCCCGAGCGCGGCCGGCGGCACGCGCGGCGCCUGGAGCCCGGCGGGCGCUCGGUCCCGGCCCCGCGGGUGCUCUCCUGCCCCAGGACCAUCUUUGGCCCCCAACGUGAGCCGCACACAUCCACGGAGCCCGAGGACCAUGGACGGCGACGAGGGCCAAGACCUGUCCCAAGUUUCAGGGAAGGAGAGCCCGCCAGUGAGCGACACCCCGGAGGACAGCGACGAGCCCAUGCCGGUCCCCGAAGACCUGUCCACCACGUCCGGAGGCCAGCAGGGCGCCAAGGCCGACAGGGGCGCGGCCGGUCAUGUGAAGGUAGAGGCUCAGAGUGAUGAAGAGCGUGGGCGUGCCUGUGACAUGAAUGGGGAGGCGUGUGCCCAGGACUUGCGCGUGCUUGGCGCCGCGGGCGAGGACGUGAAUGGCUCCCACGGCGGCCCGGGCGGCAGAGCGCUGUCCGGCGCUGGAGGCAUCCGACUUCCUAACGGCAAACUGAAGUGCGAUGUCUGUGGGAUCGUUUGCAUCGGCCCCAAUGUGCUCAUGGUGCACAAGAGAAGCCACACGGGAGAGCGGCCCUUCCAGUGCAGCCAGUGCGGGGCCUCCUUCACACAGAAGGGCAACCUGCUGCGCCACAUCAAGCUGCACUCCGGGGAGAAGCCCUUCAAGUGCCACCUCUGCAACUACGCCUGCCGCCGGAGGGACGCCCUCACCGGCCACCUGCGCACGCACUCCGUUGGUAAACCUCACAAAUGUGGAUACUGUGGCCGGAGCUAUAAGCAGCGAAGCUCCUUAGAGGAACAUAAAGAGCGCUGCCACAACUACUUGCAAACCAUGGGCCUCCCCGGCACGCUCUACCCAGUUAUUAAAGAGGAGGCGAACCACGGCGAGGCGGCCGAGGACCUGUGCAAGGCGGGCGCCGAGCGGGCCCUCGUGCUGGACAGACUCGCAAGUAACGUCGCCAAACGUAAGAGCUCUCUGCCUCAGAAAUUCGUUGGGGACAAGUGCCUGCCGGACGCGCCCUACGACGGCGGCAGCGGCUACGAGAAGGAGAACGAGCUGAUGCAGACCCACGUGAUGGACCAGGCCAUCAACAACGCCAUCAGCUACCUGGGCGCCGAGGCCCUGCGCCCGCUGGUGCAGACGCCCCCGGGCGGCGCCGAGGGGGGCGCGGUCCUCAGCCCCCUGUACCCGCUGCACAAGCCGCCCGGGGAGGCCGCGCGGGCCGGCCUGUCGGCGCAAGACAGCGCCGUGGAGAACCUGCUGCUGCUGUGCAAGGCCAAGUCCCUGUCCUCGGAGCGGGAGGCCUCGCCCAGCCACAGCGGCCACGACUCCACCGACACGGAGAGCAACGAGGAGCACCGGGCCGGCCUCCUCUACCUGACCAACCACGGCGCGCACGCCCGCAACGGGCUGGCCAUCAAGGAGGAGCUGCCGGCCUACGAGGUGCUGCGGGCCGCCUCCGAGGGCGCGCAGGACGCCCUCCGCGUGGUGGGCGCGGGCGGGGAGCCCCUCAAGGCCUACAAGUGCGAACACUGCCGCGUGCUCUUCCUCGACCACGUCAUGUACACCAUCCACAUGGGCUGCCACGGCUUCCGCGACCCCUUCGAGUGCAACAUGUGCGGCUACCACAGCCAGGACAGGUACGAGUUCUCCUCCCACAUCACGCGGGGCGAGCACCGCUACCACAUGAGCUAAGCGCCACCCGUGGGCCAGGACCGCAGCGCCAGGCCGCCGAUGCUGCAGUGUGGACCGGACCGACCAGACCAGGGCCCGCUUUUCCAGGGAUAGGGUGGCUGUUGCUGUUUUUCUAAGUUGGCUGGGAAUUUGAUCUGAUGGAGCUAACCGACGGUAUACAUGGCAUGUUGGCACUUGAUGUAUGUUUUUCUCUCCCCCCUCCCUUUCAGUCCAAAAAAAUCCACAGAACUAAUACCCUCGGGUGAGGAUUAACCAAAAAAAAAAAAAAAAGAUGGAGCCCACAGAGGUGGCCAGGGACUCUGUGCUCAGCACAGCCUGGCAUUUUGAAACUGGCAAUGAGCACAACCGGCACCACGUGGACGGGCACACCUGCCCCCGUGGCCGGCCUCCACGCGAGAGCCUCCGUGGGCCCCGUGCGCUGCCCACCCGGCCCACAGUCAGGCGCUCGGCCUCGGGCGGGGCUGACCCGGAAUUGUACGUAGCCCUUUGCUAAAACGCGUCCCCGCUCCUCACUGCCUCUUCUAGCCAAUGGACUGUCCCUCUACCCUCCUUGUUGGGGUUUUCACUGUAACGCUGUUUCUCUGAAACAUUGUAUUUAAAUAAGGUUUCCUAGGUUGGCAGCGGGUGAUUAAAUUAUGUGGGGCCGGUGGCCAUGCUCGGGCCUACGCUGCAGGGCUCCCUCGGCCAGGAAGCCGGCCCCUGCCUGCCCUCCGCCUUGUCCUUCUGUGCUUGUCCGGCUGUUGGGCGGCGUGGCUGUGUGUCUCGGGUUUCCUACUCGCUCCCUGGGUUUAAAAUGAACGUCAGGUGGUCUGGCCGGUGUGGGUCAGGGGCUGAGCAUCGACCUAUGAACCAGGUCACAGUUUGAUUCCCGGUCAGGGCACAUGCCCGGUGGCAGGCUCGAUCCCCAGUGUGGGGUGUGCAGGAGGAAGCUGAUCCAUGAUUCUCAUCAUUGAUGUCUCUCUCUCUCCCUUCCUCUCUGACAUCAAUAAAAACAUAUUUUAAAAAAUAAAUAAGCCCCAGGGGAAGGAGGGCUGCAAGCCCCAGGCCAAACUGUUGGUUAUGAGGAGAAUUCUCAGUUCGGCCUCACUGGCCUUCCCGGCCCCAGCUUCCCAGGUGCAGGAAGCCUGCCCCUGCCUGGCCAGGUCCCCCCGCCCCGUGGGGCUGAGCAGGGGCCCGUCCGCGCUGGACGGCACUCGGGCGAAGGGCUGUCCCAGCCCCAGUCGCUUCGGGUACCAGCCUGUCCCACGUCCAGCGCGGAUGCAGCCACAUCACGAAACCGGAGUGUCCGCUGGGAAACGGCCACCGGGAAGGAGCUGGGAGCCUGUUCUGUUUCAUUGUUUUGUGUUGUUUUGUUUUGUUUUGUGUUGUUUUGUUUUGUUUUGUGUUUUCCUGUGUUGUGCUUUCCUUCUUGGGUUGGUAAUGAUGACAUUAAAUUCUGAGACCAAAAUGUUGAUUUCUCACAAAACAAGAAUUGGGUGAAAGGUGACAUGAAAUGGCCCAGCGGCCAGGCCAGGAAGCAGGUGCCUUCCUCGCGCCUCGGGUCCCAGUAGCAACCGGGGAGCAGCUCUCCCCAAACCCUCCCAUCUCGGCCUCCUCAGCAUGGGGUGUGGCGGUGGGGGGUGGGGUGUUUGACUUUAAAAGGAGCCUAAAGAAGCCGUAGUUCAGAAGCCUGCAUGCAGCCGUGCGAUGGCUGCAUGGCCUGUCAGGCCCCCUUGUCUGUGGGCGAGCAGCCAGGGCCCACGCCGCCCACAGGCAACGGCACCUACGGGUCUGGGAGUGAGGAGAUGGACGAUGUUAAAUUAUUCUGGCAAGUGAAGAAGCAGAGACCCUUUUGUACACAUUUUGAAAAGCCUCUUGUGUAGACAUAGACCCAAUAAACUGGAGUACUGCCUGCCUCA